UCACCUAGUGGUACAUCUUUAAUAAUUAAACAUGGCGCACAGUUUGAUGGCGCUGGCGCUUGCGUAAUGGUAUUGUUUAGUAGAAUGUGAAUGACUGCUGAAAAUCCUCAUUUUAGACGAAUUUUUAAUAUUGUGCAUUAAUUUUACCUGUAAAAAUGGCAGAUCAACAGCAAUUUUUCUUGAAAUGGAACGACUUCCAGAGCAAUAUGGUGACAUCGUUUAGGCAUCUACGCGACGAGAAGAGCUUCACUGAUGUCACUCUUGCCUGUGAAGGGCAGACAUGCAAAGCCCACAAAAUGGUGCUAUCAGCAUGUAGUCCUUACUUUAAGACACUUUUAGAGGAAAAUCCAUCCAAACAUCCAAUCAUUAUUCUGAAGGAUGUUGCCUACAGCCACCUGCAAGCCAUCUUAGAAUUUAUGUAUGCUGGUGAAGUGAAUGUAAGCCAAGAACAGUUACCUGCAUUCUUAAAAACUGCAGAUCGACUUAAAGUGAAAGGAUUGGCUGAAGCUCCUCAAGCCAUUAAGAGGGAAUAAUGAAAGCAAGGUGGAAUAUUGUUUUAUUAAUAAGACUAUUAUUGAUAAUUGCCAACACAGCAAAAAACAUACAUUCAAAACACACUAAACUUAAGAUUUGGACCACAAAUGAAAACAAAAAUAUGUUUACACCAUGCAUCACAAAUUCUCUUUCUUUUUCUUAAUUAUAUAUAAGGAUAUUAGUUUAUUUCUUUCUUUUUUUUUAUAAUUUGAUGAUACUUUGAACUUAUAUUUUGGAUACACAAUUAAUACUUAUGGACACACUUAUGUGAAGUUUUAGAAUGCAAUCUGUUAAUUUUUUAAUUAUUUUAUAUACGCUAAUGUUUAAUAAUGAAUGAAAAGGAGAUGAUGAUAAUAAACCGAAUAUUUUAUUUUUGAUAAAUGUGUUUUCACACAGAAAGUUGAAUGCAUAAAUAUAGCAGGAAGUAUGUGUUGGUCAUGUCAGAAUAUCACACAACUGUACACUCACUCAGACUAGACAAAGACAUUUGAUAUUGUAAUGUCAGCAAAUACAAUAUAUGCUAUAAUUGAGAGAUACAUUUUUAUAUACAUAAUAUGAUAGCAUUAUUGUUACACAACAUGGACUAAGAGAAACCACUCUGUUACCAAUUGUUACUUCUGUUUGUCUUCAUUUCGUUUUCAUAUUUUGCACUUUGUAACAAAAAAAAAAACGAUUUAUUCGAAUCUAAGGAAGCAAGAAAAUCGCUUUGUUACCAACUGUUAUCAUGGUUUUUGUAUAAUUUUUGUUUAACCUUCACAAUGUACACAUGAUUGUUUCAAUCUCUUGCGCGUAAAGAAUCGCCAAACACGACUUUGAUAUUUAGCUCAUUAAUAAAUGUAAUUGACUUUUUGCAUUGUAACAUUAAUAUUCAGAUACAACACCUGGACUACAACAAUAUUUUUCAAAAGUUAUGAAUAUUCAUACAGAUAUAUUGUAAUAAAUAAUGUUGUACUUUA